UGGAUUUCUAGACUGAAGGGGCAUCGCCGUUGUUUCGGAAAAGUGAUGGGGUGGGGCUUGGCGGCGUUAUUACUGCUACAUGCUCUGUUAUGCCUGGCCAAUGGUGUCUACUCUGGCCGCACGAGUUCUUAUGUGCGUGGAGAGUUCCCGUCUACUGAUAUACCUCUAGAAAGUGACUGGUUUGCAACUCCAAAUGGUUACAAUGCUCCACAGCAGGUUCAUAUCACUCAAGGUGACUAUGACGGAAAGGCUGUUAUAAUAUCAUGGGUUACUGCGUCAGAACCUGCCCCGAGUGAAGUGUUUUACAGUAAAGAAGAGAACCGCUAUGAUCAGAAAGCAGCAGGAGAAAUGACUAAUUAUACAUUUUAUGACUAUAAAUCUGGAUACAUACACCAUUGCCUUGUUGAUGGCCUUGAGUAUAACACUAAGUACUACUACAAGAUUGGAACCGGAGAUUCAGCUCGAGAAUUUUGGUUUCAAACACCGCCAGCAAUUGAUGCAGAUGCAUCCUACACAUUUGGAAUCAUAGGUGAUCUGGGGCAAACGUUUAACUCUCUUUCAACUCUUCAACAUUAUGAGAAAAGUGGAGGACAAAGUGUUUUAUUUGUUGGGGACUUGUCAUAUGCUGAUAGAUAUGAACAUAAUGAUGGCAUUCGGUGGGAUUCUUGGGGUCGACUUGUUGAACGUAGUACUGCAUAUCAACCAUGGAUAUGGAAUACUGGGAACCAUGAAAUUGAAUACAGGCCUGAUCUGGGAGAAACUUCUACAUUCAAGCCAUAUCUUCACAGAUAUAGAACACCAUAUUUGGCAUCGAGUAGCAGCUCCCAAAUGUGGUAUGCAGUCAGGCGUGCAUCUGCGCAUAUUAUCGUGCUCUCUAGCUAUUCUCCAUUUGUAAAAUACACUCCUCAAUGGAUGUGGCUGAAGGGUGAACUGGCGUGCGUGGACAGGGAGAAGACGCCUUGGCUUAUUGUUCUCAUGCAUUCUCCUAUGUACAACAGCAAUGAUGCACAUUAUAUGGAAGGGGAAAGUAUGAGGGCUGCUUUCGAGGAAUGGUUUGUCAAGUACAAGGUGGACUUGGUAUUUGCAGGUCAUGUCCAUGCUUAUGAGAGAUCGUAUCGUAUAUCCAACAUCAAAUACAACAUCACAUCGGGAACUCGGUACCCAGUGCCAGACAAGUCUGCUCCUGUAUACAUAACUGUUGGUGAUGGAGGCAACCAGGAAGGGCUUGCCUCGAAGUUUAACGAUCCGCAGCCAGACUACUCCGCGUACCGGGAGGCCAGCUAUGGCCAUUCGACUCUUGAACUGAAAAACAGGACACAUGCCAUCUACCAGUGGAACAGGAACGACGACGGGAAGCACGUGCCAGCGGACAACGUGGUGUUCCAUAACCAAUACUGGGCAAGCAACACGCGCCGCAGGAGGCUGAAGAAGAGCCACCUGCGCUACGAGAGCCUCGAGGACCUCAUGUCCAUGCUCUAGGACCUGCUCUGGCAGGACGUUUGUAGCACAAUAUAGCUCUGUUGCUUUGCUUGUGUAUCUGGUGCCUUACAAAGCAGCCUUGGUUGUGCAAGACGGAUUAUCAGAUUCGGUGCAAGCAGGCGUACAGAAGCCUGUGGAGUUCCAUUAUUGCAAGAUUGUGCUGAGAAAUUGGUUGUCACACAUGUAAAAUUUCACGAUUAUAGGAUAGCCACUGUAUGGCCAAUUGGAUUGUUCAAUUCAAUACAUUUGAAUAAGUAAGUUGAUGCCGUGAAUGAAAAUUUAUCCUAAUUCUUU